GCCAUGUUCAGCAAAAGGAAUGAUGACGACGACGAAGGUCGCAAUCCCAGAAGCAGAAGAGCUGGGAAAGAACAUGAAACCAAUGAGGAUCCCAAAGAAAACAUCCUCAAGAGAUUCCUGCUAAGUCCAAGAGGCUUAGCCACAACUGAUCAAUCCCAGGGUAAAGGAUUGACUAGCCCGUCUCAAACGGCAGACGGUAAAGGCUCAUCAAGACCGUUGACGGCUGUUGCUUUGCCAAAAAGCAAACCUACUCCAACUGGAGAAAGAAGCAGUGGUCUAAUGUUUCCAGCCCUAUUUGCAUUAGCUGAAGAACUAUACGAGAAUGCUAGACCACAAUUCGAAGAGCUACAGCAGAGUGCUGUCAAGAAAGAAAAAAUUAACUUCCUUGAAAGUCCAGAAAGUGCUAGGGUCCCUAUCAUGGCACUCACUGAAGCAGACUGUUUCAAGCUAAGAUUGACUAUUCAUGAAGCCUAG